GGGGGGGGGGAGAGCAAUAAAGCAAAUGGGAAACGAAUCGCAGCAUUUGAGGAAUCUGGGUGAAGGGUUUAGGGGAAUUCAUUCCAUUUUUUGGACCUUUUGUCUAAGUCUGAAAUACUUAAAAACGAAAAGUUCAAAAAAUAAAAAAGUUAAACAUGUCUUGCUAAUAGUAAGAACAGUCGAUGCUGGCCGUCGCUCCCGCUUCCGCGCCUGACUGACCCCUGCCUGGGAAGAGCCCUCAAGCCGGGGGAGGGGGACGAAGACCUGGCAGCAAGUGGGGGGGUCGGGAGCUGGAGCCCGAGCGAGUCUCUGACCCUCUCAGCCUGGCUCCAAGGGGGGCACCGGUUAACACUCCCCCUGCCCCCAGGAUUUAGAGGGGCCGGUGCCCCGCUUCCCACCGGAAACCUGGAGGGGGCGGCUCACCCCAGAACUGCCGCGUGGGGGGUGGAGAACAGACUGUCCUGGGCAGAGAGAGGAGCCAGGGCGCAGCCCCCCGGGGGGCCCGAGGAGUUUUGUCCCCGCAGAUACCGCCCUGGAGCAAGGACCCCUCCCCCUCCCCCCAGAGACAGGGAGGCGGUGGCCGGCGGCGGGGCAGGGGUGCAGGAGGGAUGUCCUCUGGGCACCAGGCAGCAAGAGCACUGGCGGGAGAGGACCGGGGACACCCCGGCGUGCUGCCCCCCGGCGCAGUGGAGCCCAGGAGGAGAGCCGGUCCCCUCGUCGCUGCGACCUGCCCGCUGGUAAUGCGCAGGCCGCUCACAGCCGUGUCUUUUUGGCCUCGAGAUCUGUUGAAGCACUUUGCCCCCGGCACCACGAAGGGCUCCCCCGUGGCCUACUCCUUGCCAGACUGGUACGUCCACCACAGCCAGCCGCCGACGGCCGACCGGAGGCAGGUCCCCGCUGUGUCCAUACCGGAUUACAUGGUUUAUGAAGAGUCUAACCCCGAUCACGUCAGUGGCAACUAUGAGUCCAGAAGGGGGCCCUUCGACUUUGACAUGAAGUCGGUUUGGCAAAGAGAGGCCGAGGAACUGGAAAAGGAGAAAAAAAAGGUGAGGCUACCAGCCAUCAAGUCCAAGUACGCGAGCAAAGCCGGGACCCCGCUUGGCCCCAAAGACCCUGCAGGAAGCAAACUGUCCUUUCCCCCCGUGCCUGGUCAAAAAACCAGUUCACCCACAAACUUUUCCAAACUUAUUAGCAAUGGAUAUAAGGCUGAGUGGUUACAGCAGCGAGCAGACCCAGACAAGAGGACCCCACAGACAUCCAGGGCCUCUGUUUCGUCUCCGUCCCAGUCUCCGCGGGACGCCGAGCUGCCCCCAGACCCAGAGGCUCCGGAAGGCGCCAAGGAAGGCCCAGAGUCUUCUUCUCCAAGUCCAGUAGCACCUCCAUCCGCCUCAGCGCCCGCGGAGCGCAGAUAAACCCCGCUGUGAUGUGCAGCUGGGAGCUGUGUAACAGCUAUAGUUACAAGGCUCCUGUUACAGUUUAUUAACAUAGAUUCUCACGAAAUGAUUCAUCUUAGAACAGAUUUGACGUCGCUGCUGCAUAGAUGGUGCCAGUGUUGGGUUUUGUUUCUUGCAUCCCUCUGGGACGCCAGGCGCGUGGCCUUUGCGCCGCUGCGCCUCUCUGGCCUGGGAAGUCCCAGGGUCUGGGAGGUCUGGGAACCGGCCACUUCCUUCCCACCCUCGGCCGACGUCACCACCUGCCGUGUGAGCCUCUACUGGCACCACUUCUGUUGAAAUCGACGGUUUAGACUCUUGACUGGAAAUGACUCACCCAAAAGCUUUUUCACUAUUUGGUCCUGUAAUCUUUGUAGGAAUAAUUUUUCUGUUACAAAAAAGUAUUUAAUUCCAGAAUAUUGUGAUAUAGUUUAUAUUAAGAAACAGAUUAAUUUAUUAUGCCUUGAAAUUUUAAACAUUUAGUAUGAAAACAUUGUAGGAUUUGCUAGUUUUAAAUGUUUGAAAAUAUUUUUGGCAUAAACUGAAAUCCAUAAUAGUGAACAUUUAUUAUUUUGUAUUAAGUAAAAAUAUGUUUAAUUUAAAUAUUUAAUUUAGUAGUCUUAACAAAAAUGUUUUACUGCUCAGACAAUUCUCUCAGUUUAUAAAUUUCAUUACUAUUUAUAUGUAAGUAAUUAGCAUAAAAAUGUAGUUUUAUAUUUUGUACAUUUAAUUCACUCAUAAAGUAAUAACAUUCUGCUGGAAGAUUUUCAGAGAGCCAAGUAAGUUCAGAGAUGUUUUAGCUUCUUUCCCAGAAUAAACUUAUCAUGCA